AAGAGACUUCUUCUAAAGUUAGACUUAAAAUGAUGCAUUGAUGUCUGACAGUCUUGAGUAAAUCUGGAGGAUUAAGUAUUGAUUUUCUAUUGUUAGUGUUCACAGAAUGAGCUCAUUUCGGGGAAGCAUUGAUUAGUUACAGUAAAAGGAUCUCAUCCAAAAAAGCUUUGGGCAGCUGGGCCAGAGCCACGUGAUAUUGGCCUCAGAGUAACGCAUUUGUAUAAUUGCCAAAGCAAUUUAAAAUGUGUUCAAACUGAAGCUCUAUAAUUCAAGCUCCAGAGAUUAUAUCAAGAGUGCUGAUAUUGGAAGUUUUUAAUUCAUUCUCCCAUACUUAUUUUGCAUUCCUCUAAACAACAAACUCGUGGAGAAAAAAUGAUGCACAGUUGGACAUUCAUGGCAUGGUCUGGUGCUUUACCUAAUGUGACCUGAUGGGAUAUCUCAAUGAAAUGGAUAAUUGUGCUCACAUGAGAGAGCUCCACUCCAGCUAAGGGAAUUGGUUAACUGUCGCUGGGCAGAGGAGGUGACACAACAACUGGACACACUACAACUCUGCAACCUCACAAAACAUGAGGAGAACGACAAAGACAAGUGUGAGAACCAUCAUGAGAAGUUAAGCGUGUUCUGCUGGACUUGUAAGAAGUGCAUUUGUCACCAGUGUGCGCUGUGGGGAGGCAUGCAUGGAGGUCAUACGUUUAAACCCCUGGCUGAGAUCUACGAACAGCAUGUUACAAAGGUGAAUGAGGAGGUGGCGAAGCUACGGCGCCGCUUAAUGGAGCUCAUCAGUCUGGUUCAGGAAGUGGAGAAGAACGUAGAGGCGGUGCGCGGGGCGAAGGAUGAGAGGGUAAGGGAAAUCCGGAAUGCUGUGGAAAUGAUGAUCGCACGGCUCGAUAAUCAACUCAAGAACAAACUCAUCACACUCAUGGGACAGAAGACCUCUCUGACUCAGGAGACAGAACUGCUAGAGUCUCUGCUACAGGAAGUAGAACAUCAGCUGCGUUCAUGCUGUAAGAGUGAGCUAAUCUCUAAGAGCCCAGAGAUCUUGCUCAUGUUCCAGCAGGUUCAUAGGAAACCAAUGCAGUCUUUCGUCACCACUCCUGUCCCACCAGACUUCACCAGUGAGCUGGUCCCUGCCUAUGACUCAAGCACUUUUGUUUUGGCAAACUUCAGUACUCUGAGGCAGAGAGCCGACCCGGUCUACAGCCCCCCUUUACAGAUAUCGGGCCUAUGCUGGAGGCUGAAGGUUUAUCCGGACGGUAAUGGUGUUGUGCGGGGAAACUACCUUUCUGUUUUUCUAGAGCUAUCUGCGGGACUCCCUGAGACAUCCAAAUAUGAGUACAGAGUGGAAAUGGUCCAUCAGGCCUCCAGUGACCCCACCAAAAACAUAAUUCGGGAAUUUGCGUCAGACUUUGAGGUGGGGGAGUGCUGGGGAUAUAAUCGGUUCUUCAGACUGGACCUUCUUGCCAGUGAAGGAUACCUGAAUAUGCAGACUGACACUCUUGUGCUGAGGUAUCAAGUGCGAUCACCUACGUUUUUCCAAAAGUGUCGAGAUCAGUACUGGUAUAUAACUCAGCUAGAAUCGGCCCAGUCCAGCUAUGUUCAGCAGAUCAACAACCUGAAAGAGAGACUGGCCAUAGAGCUGUUCCGUCGGCAGAAGUCGCGGAGUUCCUCUCCACCUGACCGACGUCUGUGCCCCACAGCUUCCUCCGGAAGAGACUCACGACAGGGAAAGACAUCUGUACCAGAAGAGGAGAGUCAGGCAGUCUCGGUAGAGACAAAGGAAGAUGAGGAUGAGGAGAAGACCCAGCAUGAUGACUCUAAUGAGUUGUCUGAUGGGGAUCUGGAGGUGGACUGUCUGACAGGAGAUGAAGACGUCAAUCCUCUGGAGGGUAGCAGCACUUCCGGGAGCUCCACGGCCACAAGUAACACAGAGGAGAAUGACAUUGAUGAAGAGACCAUGUCUGGCGAGAAUGAUGUUGAGUACAGUGGGAAUCUAGACCUCGAGGAAGGUGAAUUACCCGACGAUGUUGCCGGAGCAACAGGAGGUUCCAGUGCAGGUGUGAGGGGUUCAAGGCGUGGGGCAGGUGCAAGCUCGGCCAGCCUCCUGGAGAUUGAUCCAGUCAUCCUCAUCCAGCUCUUGGAUCUGAAGGACCGCAGCCAUGUGGAGUCACUGUGGGGGAUGCAGCCACGCCCACCUUCCUCUCUGCUCCAAACCCAAGCUGCUGCAUUGCCUUCUCGGAAAGAGCGUGAGCGUCGGCCCCAGGCGGUGCGUCGGUCGGCCCCGGACUCGGGGGUCCUGAUCAGACUAAAGGCUCAGAUGGCAGAAGUGCGUAGUAAGAUGUCGGAUGUGAAAGGGCAGCUGGAGGCUCGCAGUGGAACCAAUCCUCGGAUCUCUUCUCAGGGAGCCUUGAACCAUGAGCAGGGCCCCUCCAUGGACACAGAGGUGGGGCCCAGCCGGAAACCCAGCGAUCUGCUCUUCAAAGGACCCGUCUCAUCACGACACUCUCGCAGCGGAGUGAAGAAGGCUGGUUCUCCAAAGCAGGAGAGUGUGGGAGCGUUGGGUGGGCUGUCCUUGCGCAGGGCUGUGGAUGCUGGGGAGAAAGAACUGAGAGGAGCUGGUCGAGAGUCCCCUACUGAACCUGCUCUGUGUCCCAGAGAGGGUCCCUCUUCCUUGGAUGGCUCCCUGAAAGCAUGCAGUGUUCAGGGUUCUCCUCCCUCUCUGGGAAGCAGCUCCUCUUCCUCUGAUAAGCCCUCUGGCUCUAAACAUGAGGAGCUGCUGUAUGGAGCUUCAGGUUCAGACCUGUUCAGUGUCACGGCUCUAAAUGGAGCAGUUGCACCUGCCACCAAACAGUGCAGGACUCCAGUCAUUGGGCCUGGCCUGCUGACGGACACCUCUCUCAACUGUGACCAAGAGAGCGCCAGCGAGAUGCAUCAGUCACUGCUGUCACUGGCCGAGCUGUCUUCCUCUUCCUCCUCACGCCCUGAUGAAGGUCUGCUCUGUCAGAAGCAAACCCACCAUGUGCUGCCAAGCAUGAGCAGUGACAGCGAGCUGGACUGCGACACGGAGAAUGAGAACGAGGAUGAAGCAGUGGCCCUGGAGGCUGGAGACUGCCAGUUCGACACCAGAACACUACCAUGUCCAGGCGAGCAGCUGAUCUCUGAUGACCUGAGAUUUGUGACUGGAGAUACCACAGAGAGAUAAUCCGUCAUGACUUACAGCAACAGUGUUACAAAAGUGUCUGGAAGAGGCAUGAAGACUUCUGUGUCGUCUGGCACUGGACAUGCUUUUUACAUUUCCUCUGUGUUUGUGCACUUACUUUAUGUUCGGCUAGAACAGGAAAAUUAAUGUUUAUAUGUGCUAUAUGUUAUUUCAGAGAAAAACUUUUUUGAAUGGGAGAGAAGUUUCAUUUUUGCUCUAAUACGAAAUGCAUAACAUUCCAUUAUAGAAUUAAAGGUUCAAAAAAUGUAAAUGUACAUACAUUAUUAUAGUGUUAUACUACAUUUCCGCUACUUUUGCAAUGCUGCUUAUUUGUCAUAGAAAUUGAUAAGGAGUUGACAAACAUCCAUUGUUUUUUUGUUUUGUUUUUUUUGAGUGAAUGACUGGGGUGUUUUGUCAAAGAAUAUCAAGACAGGUGCAUAACUCUUUAUGUACUCUUUUAGCUUUAUUCUUCAUGCAAUGUUUAUAUAUAGAUAUUAGUGAGGCUUUUUUUUUUUUCAUUUUGUUUUUUAUGUAGUUUGCCCCCUCUAACUGUGAACAUAUUGAUCAGCUUAGUCCACAAAGCAAAGCUUUAUCUACUCGAAAACAAGUUUACAUUGAGUAAACAUCUGCAAAAAAAAUAAAAAAAGGGAACAAGGCGCCGGUACAAUUUCAAAUAAUUUUCUGAGCUUUGCAGGGAGGGAAUGUUUUAUUUAAUUCAAACAUGCAAUUAUUUAGCCUUACAUAGCUCAAUUAUGAGCACUUAUAAACUUCAUACCCCAACAUUUCAUAUCACUGCUGCAUUCCUAUUUUUAGUUUGUCCUUUAAUUCGUUUUUUUUUUUUUUAUGCUGCACACUUAUCUGUUAGCUUUACAUGAUGAAAUUUCAAAAUAAAAGGGAGUUACAUACAUAAGUCUCGGGUGGGUCCAAGUCUGUAAUUUAACCCCCAGGCCAUAUUAUGAUACUUUGUGCAUCAGAACGGUGUUGCAGUUGAAGUCAGAAGUUUAUAUACUCCUCAGCCAAAUACAUUUCAACUCAGUUUUUCACAAUUCCUGACAUUUAAUCGUAGAAAACAUUCCCUGUCUUAGGUCAGUUAGGAUCACUACUUUAUUUAAAGAAUGUGAAAUUUCAGAAUAAUAGUAGAGAGAAUUAUUUAUUUCAGCUUUUAUUUCUUUCAUCACAUUCCCAGUGGGUCAGAAGUUUCCAUACACUUUGUUAGUAUUUGGUAGCUUUGCCUUUAAAUUGUUUAUCUUGGGUCAAAUGUUUUGGGUAGCCUUCCACAAGCUUCUCACAAUAAGUUGCUGGAAUUUUGGCCCAUUCCUCCAGACAGAACUGGUGUAACUGAGUCAGGUUUGUAGGCCUCCUUGCUCGCACAUGCUUUUUUUUCAGGGCUUUGUGAUGGCCACUCCAGUACCUUGACUUUGUUGUCCUUAAGCCAUUUUGCCAUAACUUUAGAGGUAUGCUUUGGGUCAUUUGUCCAUUUUGAAGACCCAUUUGCGACCGAACUUUAACUUCCUGGCUGAUGUCUUGAGAUAUUGGUUCAAUAUAUCCACAUAAUUUUCCUUCCUUAUGAUGCCAUCUAUUUUGUGAUGUGCACCAGUCCCUCCUGCAGCAAAGCACCCCCACAACAUGAUACUACCACCCCGAUGCUUCACGAUUAGGAUGGUGUUCUUUGGCUUGCAAGCCUCACCCUUUUUCCUCCAAACAUAACAAUGGUCCUUAUGGCCAAACAGUUCAAUUUUUGUUUCAUUAGACUAGAGGACAUUUCUCCAGAAUGUAAGAUCUUUGUACCCAUGUGCACUUGCAAAUUGUAAUCUGGCUUUUUUAUAAUGGUUUUGGAGCAGUGGCUUCUUCCUUGCUGAGCAGCCUUUCAGGUUAUGUCAAUAUAGGACUCGUUUUACUGUGGAUAUAGAUACCUGUCUACCUGUUUCCUCCAGCAUCUUCACAAGGUCCUUUUCUGUUGUUCUGGGAUUGAUUUGCAGUUUUCGCACCAAAAUACGUUCAACUCUAAGAGACUGAAUGCGUCUCCUUCCUGAGCGGUAUGAUGGCUGCGUGGUCCCAUGAUGUUUAUACUUGCGUACUAUUGUUUGUACAGAUGAACAUACCUUCAGGCAUUUUGAAAUUGCUCCCAAAGAUGAACCAGACUUGUGGAGGUCUACAAUUUUUUUUUUUCCUGAGGUCUUGGCUGAUUUCUUUAGAUUUUCCCAUGAUGUCAAGCAAAGAGGAGUUUGAAGGUAGGCCUUAAAAUACAUCCACAGGUACAUAGUUUGCUAAUAUUAAAUCUGUGGAGUGGUUAAAAAUGAGUUUUAAUGACUUCAACUUAAGUGUAUGUAAACUUCUGACUUCAACUGUAUGUGUUUAUGUGGUUUGGCUAUGAGCUCUAAGAGCAUUGUUGACACAUGGUGUGUUAUGGCAGCAGCUGUUGGGAAAUCGCUCCGUUUAUGUUCGGAAUAGAUGUCAUUGCAUCAUCAACAUCUUGGGAGUGAUGUAGCCACAUUCAUUUAAGGUCGCAGGUCUUGCUCUUUGCAUGCAUGGCUUUUGCUGAAUACAAUCUGUUGAAAGUGAAUGUUUUGUUAAAAAGCUUACUGCAAUUAAUGCAUUGCUUUGGCCGUUUAAUCCUUAAUCUUACGAAUUACCUGCCGGUUAAUGCUUUAUACAAAGCUGGGACUGAGCAAUCUGAAAAUACAUUGUUUUGCAUCAGUUGUAAACUGCUUCCACAAUCAGCAUGAUUUUACUCUGCAAAGUCCAAAACAAUUAUGAAAAUGUUCCUGUGGCUGUUCAGUGUUUAUCUAAUGCUGUUAUAUGUGAUGUAAUAAUGUCCCGAUUUUGACGUUUUGUUUUAAAUGCGGAGAAAAAGGACAUUUAUUCUUGUUUACUGGUUUCUCUAGCAUGUUUUUAAAUAUUUUUGGGACCUAAACAAACUGGAGGAUAUACACGAUAGUUACUGUAAAUUUAUCUAAACUGAUGAACAAAUAAAUAUGAUACUGAAAUACGGUUAUUUUGAGUGAAGCCAUUAGUUGCCCUUCAAGGGUGAAUCGCACGAAAAUAUGCACAGGUCACAUUUCAUCCCAAAAUGUCAUUCAACUCAUUUAACGCAACC